CGCCCACAUGGAGGAUUACCACAAACCCGACCAGCAGACGCUGCAGGCGCUGAAGGACACGGCCAACCGGCUCCGCAUCGGCUCCAUUAAGGCCACGACCGCGGCCGGCUCCGGGUGGUUUAAAACUUUUUUAAUCAAGACCAGGAGUUCAUAGAAGUAUGGAUCAAAUAUUUGAAGAAUAGCCUGCUAAAGAUGAAAAGUAAAUGUUGGCAGAAGAGGAAGUGAGAAGAAACUGCUUUUUCAACCUCCUCACUACUUAUCAUCCACUUUCCUGUACUUCAGUAGCAAUGGCUGAUGUCAAGAAUUGUGUUUACAUCAGUAAAAUCUGAAAAAUGCUAUUUUCCAUACUCAAUAAAGAUUUUUAAAGAGUCUCCUUACCCUUUUAAGCUUUAUGGCAAGUGAAAAGCCAAGGCUGGUACUCCCAUGUGGUCAAGUGGUGCCACCCAUUCCAGCCACCCUACAUCAUGUUGCAGUGCAGCAGAGAUUAUGUCUGUGCUGUUUUUCCAUACCAUGAGGUACAAAGUGCAAGACCCCAGAAACGCCAGCAACGACCGGUUUGUUCUUUCAAAGGGUCAUGCAGCACCAAUUUUAUAUUCUGUUUGGGCAGAGGCUGGCUUUCUACAAGAAGCAGAAUUACUGAACUUGAGGAAAAUUGAUUCUGUCCUAGAAGGACACCCAGUGCCAAGACAAGCCUUCACUGAUGUGGCUACUGGAUCCCUUGGGCAGGGUCUUGGUGCUGCUUGUGGAAUGGCAUACACUGGCAAAUUCUUUGACAGAGCCAGCUAUCGAGUGUACUGUCUGCUUGGAGAUGGAGAGUUAUCUGAAGGCUCUGUUUGGGAGGCAAUGGCCUUUGCUGGCUUUUACAAGCUUGAUAAUCUUGUUGCUAUAUUUGAUAUUAAUCGUCUUGGACAAAGUGACCCUGCUCCUCUGCAGCAUCACGUUGAAAUCUACCAGAAACGCUGCGAGGCCUUUGGCUGGCAUGCCAUCAUCGUGGAUGGACACAGUGUGGAGGAGCUUUGCAAAGCCUUUGGCCAGGCCAAACAUCAGCCAACAGCCAUCAUUGCAAAGACUUUUAAAGGCAAAGGCAUAUCAGGUGUUGAAGAUAAGGAAAGCUGGCAUGGAAAGCCCCUUCCAAAAAAUAUGGCUGAACAGGUCAUUCAGGAAAUAGAUGACAGAAUCCAGAACAAGAAAAAGCUUUCUCCAGCCCUUCCAGAAGAAGAUGCACCUAUAGUAAAUAUUAGAAACAUUAAGAUGCCAUCUCCACCAACUUACAAAGUGGGAGAAAAGUGGGCCACCCGCAAGGCUUACGGGGUUGCGCUUGCAAAACUGGGCCACGCCAACGAUCGAGUGAUUGCUCUGGAUGGCGACACAAAGAACUCCACCUUCUCAGAGCUCUUCAAGAAGGAACAUCCCAGUCGCUACAUUGAGUGCUACAUUGCUGAGCAGAACAUGGUGAGCAUUGCAGUUGGUUGUGCCACUCGUGACAGGACCGUUGCUUUUGCCAGCACCUUUGCCACCUUCUUCUCGCGGGCGUUCGACCAGAUCCGCAUGGCUGCCAUCUCCGACAGCAACGUCAACCUCUGCGGCUCCCACUGCGGCGUUUCCAUCGGUGAGGAUGGGCCAUCUCAGAUGGGGCUGGAGGAUCUGUGCAUGUUCCGGGCUAUUCCCAACUCCACUGUGUUUUACCCCAGUGAUGCUGUAGCCACUGAAAAAGCAGUGGAAAUAGCUGCCAACACCAAGGGCAUUUGUUUCAUCAGAACUAGUCGUCCUGAAAACCCUGUCAUUUACAACAACAAUGAGGACUUCCAUGUUGGACAGGCAAAGGUGGUUUUGAAGAGUAAGGAUGAUCAAGUGACUGUGAUUGGAGCAGGAGUCACUCUGCAUGAAGCACUGGCUGCAGCAGAGCAGCUGAGAAAAGAGAAGAUCUACAUCCGUGUGAUUGAUCCCUUCACUAUAAAGCCCCUGGAUAAGAAGACAAUACUUGAAAAUGCAAGAGCAACCAAGGGCAGAAUCAUCACUGUUGAGGACCAUUACCAUGAAGGUGGCAUCGGCGAAGCCGUGUGUGCCGCUGUCGUGGGCGAGCCCGGUGUCACUGUCACUCGCCUGGCUGUGUCCCACGUGCCCCGCAGCGGGAAGCCAGCUGAGCUGCUGAGGAUGUUUGGCAUUGACAAGGAUGCCAUCAUGCAGGCGGUGAGGGCAGCCGUGUCCAAGUCCAGGAACGCGGAGUAGAUCGGAGCAUCUCGUGCUGUGUAACGGAAGAGCUGCGUUCGGAGAGGUUAAGGCAAGCAAAGGUGCUUUAUGUAGAGAGUUCUAAUAAAAAUACCAGCUUAAAAAACCUUCUGGGGUUUAAUCUC